AACAGAAGAUUUGUUGAGUGAGUAUUAAGGAGAGCUGGAUUUAGCACCCCAAAUCUUAGAUUUCACACCCCCAAUUUUCGGAUUUUCGGGUUCCCAAUUAUUUCGGAAUCUUAUAUUCCGAAAUUAAUUCAUGAUUUGUAGUGCAAAAUACAUGUAACACCCCACUUUUGAGUGAAAAAUGCUUCGGAAACCUUAUUUCCGAAAUAUUUCAAAAACUAAAUUUCCGAAAGUGGGGUGACAUUUCUAAUGAGUGGGGUGCCAAAUCUAGCUCUCAGUAAGGGGAGGGAAAAUGGCUCAACCUCAAGCUCACACUCUUUGCUCUUCCCCUUAUUCUGGCUUCCAUGAUUGCAAACCCAUGACCACUCUUACUAUCCCUUCUCCUUAUUCUUUCCGAAGUCUCAAACUGCCAAACUUUCCUUCCUCCCAUAAACUCUCUCUUCUCCCUCUUCAAUCCAAAACCUUUCUCCAACCUACCCUUUUCUCCUUGCAACACUCUACUCCUCCAGCUCUCAAUUCUCUAGAAGAUGCAAAACUCGAUGACCCAGAUGCAAAAUCUUCAAAAUUUCACGUCCGGGUCAAACCCAGAACCCCCAGAACCAAACAGCUUCGGAAGAAAACUUCUGAUACCAGUUCUUCCAUCCUGAAACUAGCCAAGUCUCUGGACUCAUGUGAUCCCAGUGAGCAAAAAGUCUCUGAAGUUUUGAAAGGUUUUGGGGAUAAUGUUACAGAACGUGAAGCUGAGCUCAUUCUCCACAACAUGGAGAGUCCUGAAACUGCAUUGCCUGCUGUUGAGUACCUCCAGCAGAAGAUUGAACCAGCUAGGCAAGUUGUUCUCUACAACGCCACCCUGAAGCUGUGUAAGGAAAUUAGGGACUUUGAACGAGCAGAGAAGGUGUUUGAUGAAAUGCUUCAAAGAGGUGUCGAGCCUAAUCUCGUUACAUUUUCAACUAUGAUUAGCUGUGCUUCCAUGUGUUCUUUGCCACAUAAGUCUGUGGAGUGGUUUGAGAAGAUGCUCUCCUUUGAGUGUGAGCCUGAUGACAACGUGUACUCGGAUGUGAUAUAUGCUUAUGCGCUUACUUGUAAUGUUGAUAUGGCUUUGAGCCUGUAUGAUCGCGCGAGAAAAGAGAAAUGGCGCAUUGAUACGUUGGCAUUCGCAGCAUUGGUUAAGAUGUAUGGGAUGGUUGGAAAUUAUGAUGGAUGCUUAAGUGUUUACAAUGAGAUGAAGGUUCUUGGUCCUAAGCCUAACAGGGUAACAUACAACAAUCUGUUGUAUGCCUUGGGGAGAGCCAAGAGGGGCUGGCAGGCUAAGGCUAUAUACAACGAGAUGAUAAGCUGUGGAUAUUCACCAGAUUGGUCAACUUAUUCAGUUCUCUUGCAAGCCUAUUGUAGAGCGCGGUUCGGUGAAGAUGCUCUGGGUGUGUAUAGGGAAAUGAAGGCAAAGGGAAUGGAUUUGGAUGUUGUUCUUUAUGGCAUGCUUUUGGACAUGUGUGCUGAUAUUGGCUACAUGGAUGAAGCUAUUCAAAUAUUUAUAGAAAUGAAAAGUUCUCCGACUUGCCAGCCAGAUAGUUUCAUAUACUCAUCCUUGAUUAACAUGUAUUCAUGCAAGGGGAAAGUUUCGGAGGCGGAAGCCAUGUUGAAUGAAAUGAUCCGUGGUGGAUUUGAGCCUAAUAUUUUAGUUCUGACAUCACUUGUCCAUUGCUAUGGGAAAGCAAAGCGAACCGAUGAUAUUGUGAGGAUCCUCAAUCAACUCUUGGAUUUGGGUAUCAGUCCUGAUGAUCGCUUCUUUGAUUGCCUUCUAGCUGUUAUGACCCAAUUACCAAAACAUGAAAUUGGUAAAAUAGCAGAAUGCCUUGAGAAGGUUAAUCCAAAGCUUGGGUCAGUGGUUAGAUAUUUGACGGAGGAGUGGGAGGGUGAUGGAAAUUUUAGAAAUGUAGCAUUAGAACUUUUUGAUUCAAUGGAUCAUCAUCGUGUAAAGAAGUCAUUCUGUAAUUACAUAAUUGAUCUUUGUGUGAAUCUGGAUGUGCCUGACAGAGCUCGCGACCUUCUGAAUCUGGGGUUGAAACUUGAGAUAUACACAGAAAUACAGUCCAGGUCUCAAACUAGGUGGUGUUUGCAUCUAAAGAAACUCUCACUUGGGUCUGCUCUUACUGCCUUACAUGUUUGGAUAAGUGACUUGUCUACUGCUUUGGAAUCUGGCCAGGAGAUUCCACCACUACUUGGAAUAUAUCUUGGGCUGGGGAAACAUAAAUCUUCAGAUAAAGACUUGGGUAUUGUAUUGGAAUCACAUCUGAAGUUACUAAAUGCUCCAUUCCAUAAGGCUAAUGAUAUGGCUGGCUGGUUUUUAACUACAAACGAAGAAGCAAAGUCAUGGCUACAGUGUAGAGGUUCGACUGAAUCGGUAGCUGCUUUGAAGGGUUUUAGAUAGGGAUGUUGAUUAGACUGAGAUUCAAUGGGCGUGUAUAAAAUUUACUCACAAUAGUAGAUACUAUUUUUCCUCUCCAAAAGGGUCUGGAUUCAUUCAUAGGCAAUUUGUUCAAAAUAAUUUGUAGGUAUGUGGUAUGUCUAUUCUAUAAAACCAAACUCAAACCAUACCAACAAAAUAUAUUCAUGAUAAUUUUUUAUUACAA